AUGAAAUUAAAAGAUAUUGCAAAAUUUGAACGUCUCAACGAUGUCUCGAUCAACGUAUACGGUAUCGAGAAUAAUGAGAUUCUUCCUCUCCGGCUCACCGACGAAAAGAAAGAGAGGCAUGUCAACAUGCUGUAUCUGCAAGACGGCGACAAUGAUGGUCAUUUUACAUGGAUUAAAAAUCUGUCCCGACUCGUGAGGUCACAAGUCACCAAAAACAAGAAUAAAAUAUUUUUCUGCGACCGAUGUUUACAUUAUUAUUCCUCCAACGAAAAAUUGGAGAGCCACGCAGUGGACUGUCAAAAACUGAACAAGUGCGCUAUUCGCCUGCCAUGCGAGGACAAGAAGUGGUUGGAGUUCUGCAACCACAGUAUGAAGGAGCGGGCGCCUUAUAUCGUCUACGCUGAUCUCGAGUGCGUCUUACGAAAGAUGGAAGACACCGCAGCAUCGUCGUCGUACGCGUACCAACGGCACGAGGUAUUUAGUAUAGCGUACUACGUACACUGCUCGUACGACGAUACAUUAUCGACGUAUCGAUCUCGGCGCGAUAACGACUGCAUCAGCUGGUUCGCGCGCCAGCUCGAGGAUUUGGCGCACCGCGUGAAAAAUAUAAUAACGACCAACCGGCCUAUGGAUUUCACGCGAGACGACUGGCAGAAAUUCAACAGUGCGACGCACUGUCAUAUCUGCGAGAAACCGUUCGCGCCGGGCGACGAGCGGGCACGCGAUCACUGUCACCUCACCGGGCGAUACCGCGGUCCAGCGCAUAAGGGCUGUAAUAUAAAUUAUAAGGAUUCUUUUUACAUACCAAUUGUAUUUCACAACCUAUCAGGGUACGACGCGCACUUUGUAAUUAAAGAAAUAGCUACAAAAUUCAAGGGGCAUGUAGAUCUACUUCCUCUGACUAAAGAAAAAUAUAUUUCGUUUACGAAGCAUGUUAAAGACACUAGCGAUAAAGAUUCGCGAAAUUGUGUUAAAUUAAAAUUUAUAGACUCGUUUAAAUUUUUGAAUGCAAGUCUCGACAAAUUAGCGUCGUAUCUCGAUAAGGAUAAAUUGAAAAUUGUGAGAUCCGAAUUCUCACAUAUAUCGGACGAAGAUUUCAAUCUACUUACUCGUAAAGGAGUAUUUCCGUACGAGUACAUAGAUUGUGUCGAAAAACUGGAUGAGUUGUGUUUGCCGCCGCGCGAAUCUUUUCACAGCUCGCUGACGGACGAUACCGUGUCCGAGAGUGAUUACGCGCACGCCGCGAACGUAUGGCAGCGGUUCUCCGUGCGAACGCUCGGUGAGUACAGCGAUCUGUACCUGAAAACCAACGUUUUGUUACUGGCUGACAUUUUUGAGAAUUUUCGCGAAAGUUGCGUCGCGAGUUACGGUCUCGAUCCCGCGCAUUACUACACUUUGCCUGGUUUCACGUGGGAUGCCAUGUUGAAACACACUCACGUAAAAUUCGAGCUGCUCACCGAUAUAGAUAUGGUUAUGUUUAUCGAGCGUGGUAUACGCGGUGGCCUUAGCCAAUGUUCCUACAGAUAUGCAAAGGCUAAUAACAAGUACAUGCGUUCGUACGACUCAUCGAAACCAUCGUCGUACCUGAUGUAUUACGAUGUCAAUAAUCUGUACGGAUGGGUGAUGUGUCAACCGCUGCCCUACGCGGAUUUCCAAUGGUCCAAGGCGUCGCAAACUUUGACGCGAACGUGA